AUGAAGAAUCAAGACGUAGUUCACGCCAUGAAAAUUGUGAUCCUGGAUCAGUCUGUGGCACUAGAAAGUGACGGCUUUGCCACGCCGCCGCGCCGCCUCGAGGCGCUCAGCGGGCACACAGACGCUUUCCAGCUGGACAGCUUCAACCGUGCCGUGCAGCGCACCAACGGGGGUGGCAAGCUGACCAACCUGUUCAAGCUCAAGAUGUUGGCCAAGCCCGCGGCAGCCCAGAUGGCGCUCGGCAGUGACGCGUACAUCUCAGCUGGCCCGGCUGGCGUGGUGACGCCCUCGGGUGGCAGCUGCCAGGGCAGCGGCGCGGGGACGCCGGGCGGCUCGGGCGCAUCACCAAGGACGCCACCGGCAGUGGCGGCUGCUGCAGCCGCAGCGGCUGCGGCGCAGCACACAAUGUCUGCCGAGGACCUGCUGACCUGGUCCAACGAGGCCAUCCCCACGUCCCUGCUCAAGCUGGCCCCGGAGCACGCGUCCCGCGCCGUGAAGAUGCACGCCCACAUCCAGCGCUACUGCGGCGACGACGGCCGCGAGGGGCGGCUGCCGCAGAGCAUGGCGGUCGAGGUGGUCCAGAAGCUGCUGCACCAGGGCCUGAAACGGCCCGAGCUGCGUGACGAGUUGUACAUGCAGCUCGUGCGCCAGACGCGCGGCAACCCCCUGCCCGCCAGCCGCGCGCGCGCCUGGGAGCUGUUCACGCUGGUUGCUGCCUCCAUGCCGCCCAGCAAGGACUUCACGGGCCUCAUCAGCGAGUACGUCCACGGCGUCGUGCGCGACGGCCCAGCAGCCACCAGCGGCGGGGGCGCGCCCGCGCCCGGCGACGAGGCGGUGCGCACAGCGGCAGAGGCGACGUGGGCGGCGCUCAAGAGGUCCACCAAGGCCGGACCGCGGCGCACGCUGCCCACAUCUGAGGAGAUCCUGGCGCACCUGUCCUCGCGCCGGCUGAGUGUGCUGGUGUUUUUCCUGGACGAGACCUUUGAGGAGAUCGCCUACGACAUCACCACCACGGUGCUCGAGGCGGUAGAGCAGGUGAGCUCCAUCAUCCGACUGCAGGCCUACAGCACGUUCACGCUGUUUGUGGGGUACAAGCCCGUGGUGGCGCAGAAGGCGGCGGUGGAGGGCGGACCAGGGGACGAGCAGACGCUGCUGGAUGACAACAGGUACAUCGCGGACGUGGUGGCCGACCUGCGCAGCCCUAAGAGCGCGCACGAGGGCUGGCAGGCGCGGCUGCUGUUCAAGAAGCGCAUGUUCAGGGAGACGGACGAGGCGGUGUCGGAGCCGCAGUUCAUCAACCUCAGCUACAUCCAGGCCCAGCACGACUACCUGGCGGGAAACUACCCCGUGGUGCGCGACGACGCCGCGCAGAUGGCGGCGCUGCAGAUGCAGGCGGAGUACGGGCCAGCCCUGGGUGGCGACCCCGAGGCCAUGAUGGCCGGCUGUGAGCGCUUCAUCACGCGGCAGGUUUUCGGCACGCGGCCACGCGACGAGUGGCGGGCAGACGUGGGCGCACGGUACAAGGCCCUGUCUGAGUUCUCCAAGGAGGACGCGCGCUCCCAGUUCCUGCGCAUCCUGCGCACCCUGCCCUACGGCAGCAGCACCUUCUUCACAGUGCGGCGCAUCGAGGACCCCAUCGGCCUGCUGCCGGCCAAGCUGGUGCUGGGCAUCAACAAGCGCGGGGUGCACUUCUUCAGGCCCGUGCCCAAGGAGUACCUCCACAGCGCCGAGCUGCGUGACAUCAUGCAGUUUGGCAGCAGCAGCCAGGCCGUGUUCUUCAAGAUGAGGGUCGCGGGGGUGCUGCACAUAUUCCAGUUUGAGACCAAGCAGGGUGAGGACAUCUGCAUGGCGCUGCAGACCCACAUCAAUGACGUCAUGGUCAAAAGGUACACCAAGGCCAAGGCACAGGCGGAGGUGGCGCAGGCCGCGCCCCAGCAGAGCGCCAACGGCAGCGUUGCAACCGCAGCAGCAGCCACCGCGGCAGUGGGUGCGGUGACCUCAAAGUUUGAGGGCCACAUUGCGGAGCUCACGCAGCAGCUGGAGGACGCACGGCGCGCGGCAGAGGAGAACAGCGCACGCGAGGGCGAGCUCAGGCUGGCGCGGGAGCAGCUAGUGGCUGAGCUGGCAGACGCACGUGAGGCGCUGGCGGCUGAGGGUGAUGCGCGCGCAGAGCUCGACAGGCGGCUUGAGGCCGCGCGCUGCGAGGCGGCUGAGGCGCGGCGAGAGCUGGAGUCUGCGCGCACGGCGCUGUCGUCGGCGCAGGCGACCGCCGACGAGACCCAGAGCCGUGUGCUCAACGGCCGCCUGGAGGAGCUCACCGCGCUGGUGGAGGCGCGCUGCAGGGAGGCGGAGGAGGCCAACACACGCGCGGCGGCGGCGGAGAGGGCCCUGGAUGAGUCUCUGAAGGAGCGUGACGCCCUGGAGAAGAAGCUGAAGGAGCAGCUUGAGAGCAGCCAGCUGGACAUGCGCACGGCCCUGAGGGCGCGCGACGACAAGGUGGCGGCGCUGCUGGAGGAGCUCGGGCGCGCUGAGGAGCAGUCGGAGGCGCUGCGCUGCGACCUGGCGUCCCACAAGGCGGACGCCGCCGAGCUGGAGGAGCUGCGUGAGCUGCGCGCUGACGUGGAGCGCAAGGAGCGGCAGCAGGCCGCCAUCAUUGAGGGCCAGGCCAAGAGGCUGGAGGAGCUCGACAAG